AAAGAAUUUCGGUAAAAACUUAUUUGUUUCGCUUUAUAUACCUAGUAUGUGUUACACGAACGGAUACAUUUUGAUAAACGAAAAACGAUUCGUUGGACUGUCUCGUUGUAGCUGCGUCUCGACACUUUGAUGUGAACGUUUUACAUAAUAUUUUAAAGAAUAAACGUUGUAAGAUCCUACAGCCCCUGUAGGAUCGAUCGCCAAUAAUUGUGGUUUAAAGUCUUCCGAUUCUGGUCUGGUCGUUGUCAAAUGAUAACAAAACCCCGGAAGUGCUUUCCUACUUGCCAAGGAUUAUGUGAUUUUGUUGAUUUGUUUAUCGAUGGUCCUAACCGUUUGUGAUGAUGAACAAUAUAAUAAUAAAAAUAUUGCAACUUUUGAAAAGCCACCGUUGUUGUGUCUGUUGUAUUUGAUGCCACCGACUGAAAUUGGAAAAUUAAAUGAAUCCCAAGCUGUCAAUGUUGUAUGCCGGCCACUUUGUUAAUGCUACAAGUGGUUGUUUCUUCAUUGGUCUAAAAAUACAGAAAACAACCAUCCACACCAGUUUCCAGUCAAGAUCUUCAGUACGAUUCGAAUGAGGAACAAACUGCAAACCAAUUAUAUUCAUCAAAGUAAGUUUAAAUCCACGCUAUAACGGACAAUAAGGGUGCUCUCAAUAAAAAAGAACGUCAACGACGAUACAGGGAACUGCACCGAGAAGAACUCUAACAACGUGAAGCAGAAAGAAGGGAACGUCGGCAAAAUGUAGAGUCGAGUGCUAAUGAUUCGAAUUCAGAUAGUAUACAACCGUAUUUCAACAGCGAUCUGCAUCGAGACAAUACACAAUAUUUGGAAAUAACACAGAAUAUUAUUGAUAACGAUAUGACUGAACGCAUGGUUGUAAUUAAAUCAGAAGUCGACGACACAGCUAUAAAAGGCGAAUAUGUGGACCUUCUUUCUACUAAUGUUGGUGAAUCAAACCUCGAGACAUGUUUUAAAAUUGAAAAAUCUGAUGUCGAGGACAGUUCUGACUGGACCGUGUCAAUUCCAGAGCAUCUGUCUACUGGUGUUGGUGAAUCAAACCCUCAGACGGUUAUUAAAAUUGAAAAAUCUGAUGUCGAAGACAGUUCUCAUUGGACUGUUUCAAUUCCAGAGCAUCAUCUGUCUACUGGCGAGGCCGUAAAUAAAUCGGAAGUUGACCAAAUCGAUGAAGAUUGUUAUUUCAAACCUGAAUUUAAACUUGAAGCUGAUCAAGAUUUUACGGUUUUAAAGAACGAAUAUGUGGAUCCUUUUUCUACGGAUUCCGUUGAAUCGAACUGCGAUACAGCAAGUAUUAAAAUUGAAGAAACCGAAGUCGGGAACAUAUUUUCUGAUUUUACAUUUUCAAUUUCAGAGCCGCUGUCUACUGGUUUUACCUGUUUUUUGUGUAGUGUUGGCGAGUCAAACGUCGAGACAAAAAGUAUCGGAGCUAAAGAAGAAUCUGAAACCGGUUCUGUUACGGAAAAUCCGAGAAGACCGAAAAUAAUUCACACAGGAGAAAAGCGUUUUCAGUGCGAAUUGUGCCUGAAGACGUUUUCACAGUCUGGACAUCUGAAAACGCACAAAAUGACGCACACGGGCGAGAGGCCUUACCCGUGUGAAGUGUGUCCCAAGACGUUUACACGGCCUAGGUAUCUUGAAGCGCACAAAAUGACACACACGGGCGAGAGACCGUACCAGUGCGAGAUGUGCUCGAAGACGUUUACGAAAAAGGGUAUUUUAAAAGAGCACAAAAUGAUACACACGGGCGAGAAGCCGUUUAAAUGCGAAGUUUGCAGCAAGACGUUUUCACAAUCUGGACAUCUCAUAACACACAAAAAGACACACACGCCGGAGAGGCCUUUCCAGUGUGAAGUAUGCUUAAAGACGUUUCGUCUACCUGGGUAUCUUAAAACACACAAAAUGACACACACGGGCGAGAGACCGUUUCAAUGUGAAGUCUGCUCCAAGUCGUUUUUGGAAUCCGGAACGCUUAGUAGACACAAAAUGACACACACUACUGAAAGGCCUUUCGAAUGUACAGUAUGUUCGAAAACAUUUUCACUGUCUGGAACACUGAAAAGACACAAAAAAACGCACAAGAACGACGAUAGCCCUACUCGGUGACGAAUGUGCCUAAAAAGGUUUAAUUUCUUAAAAAAAUCUAAACACAUCAGUGACAUGCAGAUGAAUAAAACCCUUUUGAUUUGUUUGGCCCUUGUUUUUCUUCGCUUUACUUAACACUGUAUGGGAAUACGCUCUUUUUGAUUUUUUACGUUUUCUCCUUAUUUUCAACAUGUCCAAUUCUUCUUUUAUAUUUUGCAAUUGUUGUUGUAAUGUACACAAAUUAUUACUAUUAAGUUAUAUCAUUUUUUCGUCACCAAAGAAUACCCUUGACAAUUUUGUAAAUUUACCUAUAAUUCAUAUUCUACAUAUUGUAUAAUUUAUGAUUAUU